AUGCAACAAACUCGCCCCUAUUUUGCGCCCUAUGUCGUCGAUUUUGAGUGGGAAUUUUUUCAAGAUGAGCAACGACGCCAUACCAUGGAACCGGAUACGUCGACUAGGAAUCGGAAAUCCCGCUAUCAGUCUGAUUAUCCAGUUGACACAUCAUCAGCCGAUCACUACAAUAAAUUGGAAAAGCCGAUCGAUAAAGACUGGCCGUUAUUAACAUUUUUGGCGAUCGCUGCGGGGCUAAUUGUUUGUGGCGUGCUAGCGGCCACUUGGGCCGGUUUCAUCACGCACGACGAUGACCGGUAUCGAUCGUAUUACCCCCACCAGAAAACUGAAAAUGCUGAUCACGGUGAAUCGAUAGAUAUUCCAAAGAACACACCGGAAAAAGAGGUCUGGACGGCGGCCGUACCUGGCCCCGUCCCUACGCAACAACGACCACCUGCACCCACGAUUCACAGGCAACAAGAAGCUCCCAUACCGUCCCAGGCUCCAGUCCAACGACCGGUGCUCAACCUAAACCGGCUGCUGCUCAGGCUACGCAAGCUCCUCGGAAACAGCAACAAGGUCAGCAAGCGGCGGCUGGCCAAGCUACACAGCAGCAACCUACUGCAGCUCCUGUACAACAACAACCGCAACGAGCCGCAAAUCCAGCUCAAGCCCAGCCCAACCAGCAACAACCAACUGCAGCCCCAGCCCAAGCGCAGAAGCCAGCAGCUUCGCCUCAGCAACAACAACAGCCUAAGCAACAGCAACAAGCUCAACCGACUCGAGCAGCUCCGACCCCAGCUCAACGCCCAGUUGCUGCUCAAUCCCAGCAAGCCCAGCAAGCCCAACCGAAGCCAACACCCCAAAAAUUCGUCUUCAGCGGUGGUCAAGCGGCUGACGUUGCGACGAUCGCCGCUGCCGUGUCGGCAGCUACUGGCGCCCAGCCCGCUGCGGCUCAAGCUGCUGCUCAAGGUGCUGCUCAAGGCGCUGCUCAAGGUGCUGCUCAAGGUGUUCCUCAAGGUGCUGCUCAAGGUGCUGUUCGAGCUGCUGCUCAAGGUGUUCCUCAAGGUGCUGCUCAAGCCAGCUGGUCGUCGUCCCCGUCGAGGCGCUCUGCAAAAGCGUGUCCGACAAGUUGGCUACUGCUUCUGUGGCGCGCACGGCCCGAUCGAUGCUGACUACGGCGUGAUUGCGUGCCAGCGCUGCAAGCACCAAUUCUACAAGGCCUACUGGAGAGUGCAGCAACACGGUCGACGUUGUCGGCGGCCGAACUGUGGUGGUCCUGGAAAGUGCACCUUCCACACCCUCCUCCGUCUCGAACAGAUUGGCAUGCAACCGCUCUGGAUCCCCAGGAAU